AUGGCUAUUAUUGCACGAUCUAUUAUCAAAUCUAUUCUUUCCAGAGAACAAAUGGAAGGCGUAGGCGCAAGAGUUCGCCGCUCUAUUGGUACCGAAGCUCUUCGCAAUCUGGAUCCCUUCUUAAUGUUGGAUGAAUUUGAUACAGAUCUUCAUUCUUUCUUUGCAGAUCAUCCUCAUCGUGGAUUCGAAACUGUUACUUAUUUGUUAGAGGGUGAAUGUCAGCACGAAGAUUUUAAAGGACAUAAAGGACAACUUGGACCAGGUUGUUUGCAAUGGAUGACGGCAGGACGAGGUAUUAUUCAUGCGGAAGCGCCAGCGAACGGUUAUACGGGAAGAAUUCAUGGAUUACAGCUAUGGGUGAAUUUGGCAAGCAAAGACAAGAUGAUUGAACCAAGUUAUCAAGAAUUUCCUGCUGACAAAGUUGUAAGUGUCUCACCAACACCAGGUUUGGAUAUCAAAGUUAUUGCAGGUGAAUCUUAUGGUACCAAAAGUCCAGUCUUUACUCGUACACCUACUAUGUUUAUUGAUGUCAAGAUGGCCAAGAAAGGACUCACUAUGGAACAAUCCAUUCCUGCCGAUUUCCGAGGUUUUAUCUAUACAUUAGAAGGAAAGGCUUCUUUUGGAGGUUCCAAACAUGUUGCUGAUGCUCAUCAUACUCUUGUACUCAGUGAUGAAGGUACCACUAUUCCUGUAGAAGCACUCUCUGACAACUGUCACUUUGUUAUUAUUGCUGGUCAACCUCUCAACGAACCUAUUAUACAAUAUGGUCCAUUUGUCAUGAAUACAAAAGAAGAAAUCUAUCAAGCUUUUGCUGAUUAUGAAAGAGGUGAAAACGGUUUUGAAGGUGCAAAUGAAUUUGUAUCUGAGAUCAAGAAAAAUUGGAAAUAUUAA